AUGUAGGAGACUCGUGGGAAGCGCGGGGUGCCAGGGGUUGGUGGCCCGGCGUGGGGACAGCAGGGACCCCGCAGCAUGCAGAGCUUCUAUGAGGAGCUUGUGUCUCACGGCAUCCUGAAGCCACUGACCGCUCCCGUGGAAGGAAUGGUGGUGAGAGAAGGCUCCCGAAAUUACGUGGCACCCCAGGGCAUCUCCUCGGUCGUCAAGUACUAUUUAGAACAGUCAGGUGCAGAUGUGUCCUAUGAGCAGCAGGUAACUCACAUCUCCCUGCGGGAUGGGAGGUGGGAAGUCUCCAGGAAAGCAGGGCCCCCAGAACAGUUUGAUGUGGUAAUUCUCACCAUGCCUGUCCCACAGAUUCUCCAGCUGCAAGGUGACAUUGUGAACAUAAUUAAUGAAAGUCAAAAGCAGCAACUGGAAUCUGUGAGCUACUCAUCCCGCUAUGCCCUGGGACUGUUUUAUGAGGCUGGGACAGGGAUUGCUGUCCCCUGGGCUGCUCAGUACAUCUCUGAUAAUCCCUGCAUACGCUUCAUCUCCAUCGAUAACAAGAAGCGCAAUAUAGAGUCUCCUGAAAUCGGGCCCUCGGUCGUGGUGCACACCACAGUGACCUUUGGAAGCGAGCACCUGGACUCAGACCCUGCAGAGGUGCAGCAGAUCAUCCUCAGCCACCUGCAGAGGAUUGUGCCCUCCCUGCCUGAACCCAGCAGCAUCAAGUGCCAGAGAUGGAGAUACUCCCAGUUUCUGUGGAUGGCUGUUGUGGAGUCUGCUCAUACCCCUUGAUCUGCAUCCAGUUUGGGAACCUGGUCUCGUUAGCACAAAGUUUAUUUUUCUGCGAGUAAAGUAUUGGUGGAUUGCAAAAGCAACCUUAGCACGGGUAUUAAUAUUUAUAUAAAACAUAUCAAAAUCGUGGUGUGUUCUCUGAGUCCCUCUUUAUCAGUUCAGGGGGGAGGUUUUGGGAAAACCAGGUGUCACUGUUAAGGUUCCCUUCCCUGGUUGUGGCAUCUGCUCUUCUCUCCUGCCUUACCUGCUGAGGAUUGCUGGUGCUCACGAGAGCUGUGGGUGGGAGGGAGGAGAAGAGUUGGAUCCAGCUCUGGAAGGGGUUUCCAAACCCCAUCCAGUUCCUGCUUCUGUUGCUCUGACUCCAGCAGCUGCUGCUGCCACAGGAGGAAUUAUCAGCAGUCUGUAAUUUGGUGGAUGAAUGUCAAUAUGUCUUAGGUUGCAAAUAAGCCCCAGGAGGUCAGACCCGUUAUCUCAAUAAAGAGAUCUCUAAUGCCACCCUAUAAAAUAAUCACUGCCUAAAUGAAAUAUCUGGGGCAGAGCUCCCUCUUUCUCCUAAAGCUCUCUUUACUUUCAAUUAUAAUAAGCAGUUGCCACAGAGGCCAGGGGAGCUGUUAAGAUGGGUGCAUCUUUCCCCUGACUCUUUUAGAUGGGAUUUAUCCUACUUGUUAAUUAAAUCCGGCUGUAACAUCCUUCACAUGGCCAAACACAAUCCUGGGAUUAAAAUGCAGACAUUACAAUUAUCCAUGGCAGAUGAGGGAUUAGGACUUCCAAAAUUCUACUGACACUACUUAGCAGCACAGCUGCAGUUCUGGAUCCCCUUGCUCUAAUUAUGGUGAAGGCACCAUUAGCAUUCAGAGCCAACAGCUUCCCAGCCCACCGUGUGUCUU